AUGUUUGAUGCAAUUCCCAUGGACUGUCUGAGACUUGCUGAGCUGCCUGAACCUCGGGAGGAUGCUAACAUGACCGAAGAUGACCGUAAAGGGCUUAGGAGAACGCUGCUCUGGCUUAUCACUGGGUGGGUUGCCACCCUGACACCGUUAUAUGCUGCUGAUCACUAUAAGAUAAUAAAGCACAGGAUGUUUACACUUGGGGCAGUGUUGAUCAUGCUGGGCCUCACUUUCUCAAUGAUUGCGCUAAUGUAUGUAGAGACUGCAGAGAAGAAGAAUGUGGUGAGGAGGAUGGUCAAGUUGCCAUUCCUGGUCAUUGUGUUGGCCUGCUCUGCCUUUAUAGGCUUCCACUCCAUGGAGGAGCAAAAUUUGGGAUUACGGUGGUGCACAGCAGUAGCAUUGUUCCUGGUGAUUGGGCGAUUAAUUGCAGUGCGUUAG